AUGGGCGAUGAGGAGGAGACAAUAAAGAUUGGAUUUCCUCUUAGAAAAUGGCACGUGCAUGUUUAUAAUGGGAUGGGGGUGGGGCAGCUGUUCCUUCAUUGCAAGUCGAAAGACAAUGAUCUGGGCGGGCAAAAUCUUGAGGUCGGGCAGGAUUUGUCAUGGAGUUUCAAAGAAAACUUAUUAGGGACGACGCUUUACUGGUGCUACAUGCGAAAGGACGACGAGAGUCAUGCAACGUUUGAUGUGUUUUGGAUGGAGAAGGACAACAGGUGGCUUUCUUACAGAUGCAACUGGAAGAAUUGCAUUUGGAUUGCAAAAGAUGAUGGAAUUUACUUGCAAGUCAUUCCAAAAAACCGUGAUGAUUUUGUUCACAAAUGA